AUGAGCAAAAGUCCUGUGGAGGAGGUUUCGCCCAAGGUCGCGGAGAGCGACAGGAGCGGCGACCGCGCCGAAGAGCUGGAAGACCGAGGUCAGACUAUGGUAGGCGUGCGCAUCAUGCCUAACAGCGGCGCGGACGCCCGAGACGGGGAGAGCAAGAAGCGUAAUCACGAAGGCAAACUAAUCAACGGUCAACAAUCCCCACGCUCAGCUCUCACGAUUCAAAAUGGACCUAGCACAGCCGUCAUGAACGGCACAUCGUCUUCCAAAUCACUUGAUUCGGCGCUGUCUGGGCCUAAUGAACUGGACGGACUACCUCCAGAGCUUGUACACAUCACGUCCGAACACUACCAUCCAUUGUCCAGGCUGCUCGAACGCAUCUCACUGGAAUGUUUCAACGACCUUCAAGCCGUACUAGGUACCAUGGCUGAUAUGCAGACAAGUCAACAAUCCAACGGGCCGACCUUGAAUGGACAGGCCGGCCAUGUCAAUGGUGCACUGGAGAACUCCGAAAUCAACAAACAGAAGAAGAUGCUCUUAAUACAGUUUGCGCAAACGAACAGAGCAAAGUUCAUCAAGCUUCUAGUUCUUACUCAAUGGGGCAAGAAAUCCUCUCAGGAUCUCACCAAGCUGAUAGACCUAUUCGCAUGGGGAAAGGAACAGGAAAUGCACAUGGACAUGGUCGAUAAACAGAUCGAACAGUUCAAGAUUGCUCUUUCGCAGGCUCGCCAAUAUAAUCCUGAUAUCCGCACUGCAUUACAAAUUCUAUCCACCGGAAAAGCAGAGUGGAUUCCACAUCUGGGCUAUGUCCCCCCACAACCUGUCUCUUCAUCAGGUGCUUUGAAAUUGCUCCGGCACCUGAACACUACGGCCUCGAUCCGGUUGAAUGUUUACGAUCAAGUCCCCCGUCCGCUUAAAAACUGGCAUGUUGCGAAUGGGCGGGCUGUCUUUACUGUCAGCUCGGAAUUCGAAAUGGAAUUGCUCACAUUUACCGAGGAGACUACUGAGCAAUGGCAUUUCAUUGACCUCCGGUUACUGUUCUCGCCUGCGCCGGUCAUUGAUGCUGAGACAUCACGAUUCUGGGCGAAUUUCAAACCCCACGUUGAUAAGAUCUUGCGAGACUCUGGGCUCCAGGGGUGUUUCGAAUACCUCCACAACUUCGUUCUUACGCACAAGAUAGCCAUACUCAAGUCGCAAGCAUACCAGCUUGCUCGAUCUGCAUGGGCUGGGGCCAUCAAAGUCGAACCUGUGCAUCGUAUGCUCGUUGUGCAGUAUUGGACCGACAAACCGGGAAAGAAGAGCUGGGUCGAGAUCGGAAUAUCCAGUUGCAAGCUCAAGGGUGAUGCACCGUCGUGGCGCGGGCAGCCUGUCUCGAAACUCACAAUUCGCUGGUUCCGUCAAGGGACACAAGUCCCUAAUAUCGACCUGGGAACCGAUUUCCACCAACUUUCUUUCGAACGAAUACUGAAGACAAUCAUCUCUUUACAUAUCAGAUACCUAUUGGGUGUCACUCGAGAUGCGCUGUCACCCAAGAUGCCUGUCACAGCGAAGUUUUCGGAUACUGAGCCUGGUGAAUGCUUGCUUGGGAUUUCGCUUGGUCGGCCAGAUAACAGAACAACUCUGUCCGUCGAGCCCGUUACUGGCAGAUAUAUACUCAAGCCUUUUGCAUCAAUAUCUGCCAAAGCAGAACAAACCAUUAACCAAGCGCGAGAUCCAGCGGCAAGCCAUGCAGCAACGGUCACACAGCUUCUUGCACAGCUAUUGCAAGACAACAUCCAGCAUCAUGCUCAGCAGCUUGGCUGGAAACUGCAAACAAGACAAACUUUAAGGAUCGAUACUAUAAGACAGUACACCACAGCUGGUGUUUUGCAGUAUUCGCUCUACUGGCCACGUGGUUGGCCAUCAAAGUGGGGGUUGGUCACGGUUAUUGAUGCUUCCGGUGAGAACUGGUGGUUCUUUGAACUCGGCACCAGGGGCACGGAGAUCCGGUACAGCGAGCAGUUACAGUUGCAUCAGCCUGGGCCUCGACCACCGAUCUCUCGAGCUACCCUUUCUAGCAUUGAGCGGGUAGCUGUGCAGCAGCUUGCCUUCUCUGUAACCCGACGGGAAUGCCAGAAGCGGGAAAUUCCACACACCCUAAAUAUGGAGCUUGUCCUGCCCUCUGUUGCCAGACAUGCUGGUGCCACCCAGGGCUGCCUUCGCGGAUGGGUCUUGCAGUUGCGUACGUCAGAUCUACUGGAGACCAGCGCUGAGGAUGGUACCUGGCUAGAGCCGUUUAUACGAGUCAUGUGUCAAGGUGUCAAAAGCGACAAUGGGAAUAUUUGCCAUAUUGCUUCUGGAACCAUGAUCAAAUCUGUCGCAGCACACAUGAAGAAACUCAUGUCAUCUUCAAGGCAGUCACCCUUCACAUUCUCUGAGAACGGCAACUUCGCUGUGUUACUGACCACACCAUUUGGGGACGAACUCAUCACAGAGCUCAGUGCGCGAUUGCGUGAUGUUGAUAGACUUCGAUCCUUCUCAACUACGCUCCAAAAGCGCAGGAUGAGGCUAAAGUCAUCCUCCCUGCAACAUAUUGGCUUUCAGUAUGGCGGAUCAAGUCUUGCAACUGUUGAUUUCAGCAGCCACAGCAACAUCAAAGUUGAUUUUGGCAUCGGAAAUCCACAAAAUCGCAUUCGCACACAUCUCAUCGAGAUGAUUAAUGAACGAAGCCCAUUUUACCAUCCCGGCUCUAGUCACACCGGGCUCGACCAGUUCUGUUCUACUCUUCUAUGGACACGUCCUACUCUAGUAACACUUGCUGAACUAGAAAACAUGACAGUCGGCACUGAUGAAGGUCCGAGAGUUCAUGUGCACGAUGUCCGUACAUACAGAAUCACGUACGCAAAUCCAGUGUGUUCAUUUGAUAUUCGACUUCGGACGAAAGACGAUAAGGCCGUCUGGCAUAUCGAAGACAACGACAAGAAGGCGCAAGAUUCCAAACCUAGCUCUGAACGAAAUCCAACCCGAAAACGCUUGGACUCGGUGAAAGUAGCACUUGGCGACUUGUUCAAGGGACAGGGAGAUGGAUGGUUUGGCGUUCGCUCUGGGCUCCUUGCCACCAUUGAUGGGGUACCAAAUGCCCUACGAACUUUGCACAAGACGGUCAAGACCUGUGCAGUGGAAGGCGGCGCACUCCCGUAUGCAGAAAUCCCACUAGCGGCAGGACAAACGCCGCACAACGCCGCACACGGCCACGGCCAGUCUAAGGGACUCAUCCCUUCGCAAGCUUCGCAUAGAGGCGGGCAAGGUCACGCCAUUCAAGGGGUGGUGUCCAAGCAAACAAACGGGAAGAGGCAGGACAUAAUCGAGAUCGACUGAUACUCGUCCAAGAAACCUUGGGAGGUCCUCAUAACUUGCAUAGCGUUCAUUAUUAAUCUAACUAAUCUUGCUGGCAAAUUCAUAGAGCAACUUCUUCUGAACAAAGGCUUAUCAUCCUUUGGUGGUUACUAUGCGAUACAACGUCCCAAUGACGAUAGACAUUCCAUAAUGAUGUGUUCAUUCAUCUUUUGAUUUAUCGAGAAUCGUAGUACCACAAUCAGAUACUUUGGAUUUUGGAAUAGAUUGUACAAGUGAGA